UCUGCAGUCAGUCGUCAGCCGUACGUCGGAUUCCCGUUCGCGUUCCAGCAAUAUGGCAAUUCAGUAUAGUGACAUUGACGACCCGGUGUUCCGAUCCACUUUCGAGGAACGAAAUGAGCUGGGUUUUACUUUGGUGCAGCCGACGGAUUAUUCCAAAGUACCAAUUAGCCUAGCAAAUUGGAAACCGGAACCAACGGUGAUCAAUGAGAAAUACAAAUCACUGGACCAGAAAAUCAAGAACAUGGAAAUUUACCAGGAUGACAUCUGGUUAGUUACCUAUCCAAAAAGUGGAACAACUUGGUGCCAGGAGAUGAUUUGGUUGAUAAGCAAUGACCUUGACUACGCGAAAGCUGCCAAUGUUAAACUAAUGGAAAGAUUUCCUUUCUUGGAGCUAUCAGGAAUAGUUGAUAUUCCAGAGAAUUUCAACCCAUUUGAAUAUGCCAAACACCUGCCUUCCCCAAGGUUCAUUAAAACCCACUUACCAGUGGCCUUGUUACCGGAUCAAAUUUGGAGUGUGAAACCGAAAAUGAUUUACGUUCGUAGAAAUCCAAAAGCAGUGGCCGUUUCUUUCUACCACCACUCAGUUACUCUUCACGGCUACAGGGGAAAUUUGAAUCAAUUUGUGCGCUCGUUUAUUAACGAUCUCCAAUACUGGUCCCCUUAUCACAGACACGUAAUAGACUACCAUAACCUCAACUACGAAAACAUACUUCAUCUCUGCUUCGAAGACAUGAGGCAAGAUCUGCGGCCAACGCUUCACCGAGUGUGUAAGUUUUUGGGAAAAUCUUACACUGCUCAGCAAAUCCUAGCACUGGAACAGCAUCUAUCGUUCGAUUCAAUGAAAAACAACGAUGCGGUAAAUGGUCGCUACUGGGUGGAACAUGUAUUAAGCCAAACCAACCGCCACGAUAAAAUCUCGGAUCAGGACUAUCAGUUUAUAAGACGAGGCAAAGCGAACGGUUGGAAACAGGAGCUUAGUCCGGAGCUGAUUGAAGCCAUUGAUGAGUGGACUCAAAGUAAAGUGGCCGACGAGGAACAAGCUAAGCUUUUCCGGUAGGUUUAACGAAUCAAUACAAUUUGUUUUCACUUUUUGGAAUAAAAAUAUUUAA